GGAAAAACUUCCCGGAAGUGACGGCUCCCCCGGAACUGAUUAGUUGUUGGUUUGUCCCGCCCUUACGCGUGCGCACUGUCAGCACGGGAGCACGCCAUGGAGGACCAAGAAGCGCUGGGUUUUGAACACAUGGGGCUGGAUCCCCGGCUCCUGCAGGCUGUCGCCGACUUGGGCUGGUCGCGACCGACGCUGAUCCAGGAGAAGGCCAUACCUCUGGCCCUGGAGGGGAAGGACCUCCUGGCCCGCGCCCGCACGGGCUCCGGGAAGACGGCAGCUUAUGCGCUUCCGAUGCUGCAGUUGCUUCUGCACAAGAAGGCGACAGGUCCUGUAACGGAACAGGCCGUGAGAGGCCUUGUCCUUGUUCCCACUAAGGAGCUGGCCCGGCAGGCCCAGUCCAUGAUCCAGCAGCUGGCUGCCUACUGUGCCCGGGAUGUGCGAGUGGCUAAUGUCUCCGCUGCUGAAGACACAGCCUCUCAGAGAGCUAUGUUGAUGGAGAAGCCAGAUGUGGUGGUGGGGACUCCGUCCCGAAUUUUAAACCACUUGCAGCAGGACAGCUUGAAGCUCCGUGACUCCCUGGAGCUGCUGGUGGUAGACGAAGCUGACCUCCUUUUUUCCUUUGGCUUUGAAGACGAGCUCAAGAGUCUGCUCUGUCACUUGCCCCGGAUUUACCAAGCCUUCCUCAUGUCGGCCACUUUCAAUGAGGACGUCCAAGCUCUGAAGGAGCUGGUGCUACAUAACCCGGUUACCCUCAAGUUGCAGGAGUCGCAGCUGCCGGGGCCAGACCAGCUGCAGCAGUUCCAGGUGGUCUGUGAGACUGAAGAAGACAAAUUCUUGCUGCUCUAUGCCCUGCUCAAGCUGUCACUGAUUCGGGGCAAAGCCUUGCUCUUUGUCAACACUCUAGAGAGGGGUUACCGGCUCCGUCUUUUCCUGGAACAGUUCAGCAUCCCCUCCUGCGUGCUCAAUGGAGAACUCCCGCUGCGCUCCAGGUGCCACAUCAUCUCACAGUUCAACCAAGGCUUCUACGACUGUGUCAUAGCAACAGAUGCGGAAAUCCUGGGACCCCCAGUCAAAAGCAAGCGGCGAGGCCGCGGGUCCAAAGGAGACAAGGCCUCUGAUCCGGAGUCAGGUGUGGCCCGGGGCAUAGACUUCCACCACGUAUCUGCCGUACUCAACUUCGACCUUCCUCCCACUCCAGAAGCCUAUGUUCAUCGAGCUGGCAGGACAGCUCGAGCCAACAACCCAGGCAUAGUUCUGACCUUUGUGCUGCCCACGGAACAGGCUUCCUUGGCAAAGAUUGAGGCGCUUCUCAGUGGAGAGGGCGAGGCUCCCAUCCUGCUUCCCUACCAGUUCCAGAUGGAGGAGAUCGAAAGCUUUCGCUAUCGCUGCAGGGAUGCCAUGCGCUCAGUGACCAAACAGGCCAUUCGAGAGGCGAGAUUGAAGGAGAUCAAGGAGGAGCUUCUGCACUCAGAGAAGCUCAAGACAUACUUUGAAGACAAUCCCAGGGACCUCCAGCUGCUGCGCCAUGAUCUGCCCUUGCACCCUGCGGUGGUAAAACCUCAUCUGGGCAAUGUCCCUGACUACUUGGUUCCUGCUGCUCUUCGUGGCCUUGUGCAUCCUCGAAAGAAACGGAGAAAGCUGCCCGCCUAUAGGAAGGCUAAGAAGGUGAAGACCCAGAACCCACUGCGUGACUUCCGGCACAGGGGAAAGAAACCCAAACCCACAGCAAAGCCCUCCUGAGGUGGCCUGGGCCUGAGGACACCGAAUUGGCGUCCUGACCUGGAUGGAGUGAGGGGGCUUCCACUCUGUGGGCACACUCUGAUGCUCACUGUCUGGACAGACCGUACUUUGAAGCAGCAGCCUUGGGCACCCCAUCUCCUUGGUACUGCUGGACUGCCAUCCUGCUGCUUAACAGAAUAAAGAUUCUGGCUGCCCAGGC